AUGGAUCCAACUCAAGUUCCAAAUGAUUCAAACUUUUAUCUUUCGCCCAUUUCUACUUCACAUUCAUCUACUCAUCAACAAUAUGAUAAUACCAACGUAAGCACGCAACCAAUGACUCCAAGUUAUAUUUCAAGACCAAUCCCUCGUGUAUCAUCUAAUAAUUCAAACUUGAACGAAUAUUCGUUCUUUUAUAAUCCUCCUAAUGACAUCCAAAUUUACAAAAUAACUUGCAGGGAAAUUAUCAUUUCUUUUGAACUUGUAUUUGACCUUUUAAACGGUAACAAUUAUCAAAAUAAUUUGCAUGAAUAUUAUUUUCUUAAAGUUGACGAAAAGAAAUGUUACAAAAUAACAUGUGAAUUAAUUUCACAUUCAUUAAUUGUUCAAUAUUUAAAUAAUAAAAAUAUUCAAAAUAUUGAAAUUAAACAAGGUACAUAUCAACAGCAGCAAGAAUAUGUAGAAUUUUCUAGAGAACUUAAACAAAAUCUUGAAAAUCAUUUAUACAAUUUUUUCAUUCAGCACUUAUAA